ACUAGCUUACAGCGGAGACGACGCUGCCGCGCGUCAAAUAAAUGGAGGGCCUCAAACCCGAGGCGGCCAAGAGCCUCGCCGAGAAGGAGAAGGAGUUCCAGCGGCGCCUGGCCAAGGCCAAGACGCACCUGCCCCUGGCAGCCAUUCUCAAAGGGCGGCGGGCUGCCCCGCCGAAGGAGCAAGCGAAGAAAUGAAGCCCCGGGGCCUCCUACCGAGGAUGCUGGUUUGGUGUGAUCGCCAUCCUAGAAAAGCCGCCUUUUUGUUAUCGCUAGCGCUACAUGUCAAUUCCGUGCGGAACGGCGUCGUCUGGGACGACCGCGCGUCAGUGACCUACAACAAGGACGUGGCCACGGGCCCCGACUACCUGAACCACGACUACUGGGGCCAGCCCAUGGCCGCGCCGGACUCGCACAAGUCCUGGCGGCCGCUCGCGACGUGGUCGUUUCGCAUGAACUACCUGGUCCACGGCUAUGCACCUUUGGGGUACCAUCUCGUCAAUGUGUUGCUCCAUGCCUGCUCGUGCGCAUUGAUGUUGAGCGUGGCGCGCAACGCCUUCCGCAAGGACGAGACGAGUGCGAGGCUCGCCACGCUAAUCUUCGUUGUGCACCCGACCCAUUCCGAGCCCGUCGCGUCCGUCGUGGGCCGGGCCGACGUGUUGGGGGGGUUCCUCGCAUUGUUUGCCAUUGUACUCUAUCAAAGAGGCGGGUUCGCCGCGAUGCUCGCGUUCGUCGUGGCCUUGCUCGCGUCGCUCGCCAAGGAGGUCGGCGUCGCUACGUUCGCUUUAUUUGUGGCCUUCGACGUCGUCGACGUGAUCUGUGCCUCUCCCACAGUAAUGAAAGCCGGAAAACGCCUCGCGAGAUCCAAGGCGUUUAUUCUAAGAACAACAGCGGCCCUCACCGGCGUUCUUGGAGUGUUGUGGCUACAUACCAGGAGACACGGCCAACACCUACUCUAUAAGUGGACGCUCCUCGAAAACUCCGUGGCUGCUGAUUUAGCAGAUGACCGACUUGCCACUUAUCUAACGUAUGCCCACUUCCACUGGCGCUACUUCGUCAAACUCAUAACGCCCUGUUAUCUAUGUUAUGAUUAUGGCUACCCCUGCCUGCCCCACAUUCUCCACUUAAACGAUCGGCGCAACGCCUACCCUUUGAUACUGUACUCGUUUAUAGCUUAUAUGGCAUACGAGGGCCUCUCUAACAAAAAGCGCCACGUUUUACUGGCUUUGGCGUUAGGAUUAGUGCCGUUCCUACCCGCGGCCCACAUCUUAUUACCGGUGGGCACGCCCGUCGGCGAGCGAUUGUUGUAUCUACCGUCGGUCGGCUUCAGCAUCGGCGUCGCGGCCUUAUGUCGCUACCUCAAAGUAGAUGAAGUCUGUAGCAGCGCUCCGGACACCGGUUUGUAUUCUUCCAUAGUGCCGAGUCGCGGUGCCGUAUCAAGGUCGCAGAAGCUCUCGUUACUCUCUGCACUGUUACUGGGCUCUAUCAGAACCGUCGAUCGCAAUUCAGCCUGGUCCUCGGAGCGGUCCCUGUUUGAAGCUUCAUUGGAUGUCUGUCCUCGCAGUCUAAAAAUCCUGAACAACCUAGCUUUAGUUCUGUUAAAUGGCCAUGACGCCGAAACAAUAAAACAGCGGGACUUACCGCGAGCUAGAGCUUUAUUGGAUGAUGCUUUGGGGACCUACAAGGGGUUCCCCUCCGCAUUGUUUAAUCGGGGCUUGGUGCAUCAUCUCGAAGACAGACGAGUAGCCGCAGCUCGCGAUUUCGCGGAUGCUCUCACAGCAACACCCGGAGGCACGGACCAACGCAUCGAAACGUACCUCGGCCAGGAGCUGUGGUUGUUAGCGAAACCGCUGGAAUUCUUGAAUGACCCCAAGAUUCAAUUACUAAGAAUGUCGCUCAUCGACCUCGCCGCGGAUCACAUCCAGCGGGGCGACCCGGAGCUGCCCCUGACGCACUGGGCCGCCGCGUCGAUCGCGUUCGAGCGCGACGACUUUGAAGCUGCCGAGAUUUCUUCGGUGAACGCGUGGAAUCUGUCGGAGCAGUACCGCGAGCAAGGCAUACAUCCCGAUCGAUGGGUCAAGGCGGAUGCGUGUCUGAAUUUGAUCGGUUUGGCGCGGCGAGGCCGGAAAGACGACCAGGGUGCGCUGGUGGCCUUCGAGGCGUGUCUUGAAAGAGUUCCCGGGAGCUCGGAGUGUCUGGCGAAUGCCGCCUCAAUUCUAAGUGAUCAAGGAUCAGACGAUCAAAGGACGGCGGACUUCUAUGAGCGGGCCAUGCAGGUGGCGCCGGACUCGCCCGAAGUGUUGAACAACUACGGUUUUUUCCUCGAGACGCGCGGGCGAGUUCAGGAAGCUCUGGAGAAAUAUGAAAAAGCGGCCCAGUUAUUACUGCCGGCCGUGCACCACCAGAUCGACACGAACGUCAGGAACGCGCGGGAGCGCCUCGCGCGGGGCGACGUCGGGGUUCCCGAUUCUCAGCGCGCGCGGCCGCCGCCGCCGCCGCCUCCCGAGGUCAAGGCUUCUGCUCCUCCGCCGCGGUAUACGUGGUCGACGAAGGCGUGACUGACGUGUGACCUCGGCCUAAUAUCUCCUAUGUUUUGA